AAUCAGUGGUCACGUGACAGCGUCAACCCCGGAAGCAACGUGACAGCUGUGACAUGUCUGCGUUGGAAGUGAAAUUAAAUGUGUUGGAUUUGAAUAUUGAGAUGCUACCAAGACAACAGGUCGGGGAGUAAGUUAAGUUAAAUUAAAUUAAACCCUGCUGUCCGGUUGUGGUUUGAAGGGUACUAUGCCAUAUCACAGCAACGCCUGGGCGCUACUGCUGCUUAGUUUGCUCUGCUGCGGGUGUUUGUCACUUGUGUUUAGCUGCAAACAAGAGCCAGAGACACCAGACUGGAAGGCGAGUCUGAAAACUAUUCGGAAUGGCAUUCACAAAAUUGACACGUACUUGAACGCGGCGCUGGACUUGUUUGGGGGCUAUGACGGUCUGUGUCGUUAUACAUGCAGUGAUGGAUACAAGCCUGUUCCUCGUCCCGGGUACAAAAACCCUCCACCAAACGGCUGUGGCUCCCCCCUCUUUGGAUUUAAGUUUGAUAUAGGUAUACCAUCCAUGACCAAAUGUUGUAAUCAGCAUGACCGUUGCUAUGACGCCUGUGGCCGUGAGAAACAGGACUGCGAUGAGCAGUUUCAGGACUGUCUUGAGAACAUCUGUAAGAAUGUGCAAAAAACUCUGGGAUUGGCCAAGACUGUCGAAGCGUGCGAGUCAGCAGUGACGCUGCUUUUCGACGCCGUCAUGCACCUGGGAUGUAAACCGUACCUGGACAGUCAGCGAGACUCCUGUGUGUGUCAGUACGAAGUAAAAAAGGAACUGUGAGGCCUCGGCUUGAACAAAGACUUUGUAAUGGACACAGUAUGAAAAGCAACUCUGACCGGUGAAAACUAGCAAUGAUGUUUUGUUUGAAAUGUGUAGAUUUUCUCAGGGAUAAAGCUUCUUCAGCCGGCAUUAAUUUAUGCUCAUUGCUUCCUUGUACACCAUGUGUAUACACAUAGUGAAUGUGAAACCACUGUAGUUUGUAAUGCAGACAAUAAAUACCUUUCCCAUACAGUUGAUUAUUUAUGUAUACUAUAGUGAAUACUUUUAAAUUAAAACUUUUAAGAAUUGUUUUUCUAAUAUAUAUAUAUAUAUAUAUAUAUAUAUAUAUAUAUACACACACACACACAGAGGUGGACAGAGUACUCGACCCCAGUACUUGAGUAAGAGUACAAAUACUACUGGUCAAAAUUUACUCCGUUACAAGUAAAAGUAGCUCAGUCAAAAUAUUACUCGAGUAAGAGUAGAAAAGUACUUGCUUUUAAAGGUACUUAAGUAUCCAAAAGUAAAUGCUUUUAAUUUUACUUUAAGUAAGAGUAAGAGUAAAUUUCUUAUUUUCCACAUCAGUAAAUUACUAUAUUUUUUUGUAUACAUUUGUCUGUGCCCUCGUUUUUUACUCGGUCGAACUCAAACAUUGAGUUAAGAAACGGCCAAGGAUUUUGUGAAAGUCCCUGCUCCGAGUCCGGCUCAUUAUCAGACUCAGACGACUCAGCGGAUUGUCUUUCUUCUCCUGACGCAGGCGUAGCCAUUGUUGCAGUUAUGUCUUGACUUGUUGCGGCUCUGUCUUGACUUGUUGCGGCCCUGUCUUGACAAACGCAGGCUACUUUGGCGGUAUCGUUUUGAGGAGGCUUGACGUAUUUCCGCUUUACGUACAUCCCAGUGGAGAGCGUGCACUGUGAUAGGUCUCCUCCUUUGACAAAAACAGCUUGUGUCCAAUAGGAUUUUAGGGAAGAAGAAAAAAAGAGUAGACCUGAAAGUAACGAGUACUUUUCAGCCUUCCUAGAAAUUUACUUGAGUAAAAGUAAAAAUAUUUGUCUUGGAAAUGUAUUCAAGUAAGAGUAAUAAGUACCAAAGAAAUCUAAUACUCAAAGUACAAAUCCUCUGGAUAUGUACUUAAGUACAGUACUCAAGUAAAUUUACUCUGUUACUGUCCACCACUGUGUAUGUAUGUAUGUAUAUAUAUAUAUAUGUAUAUAUGUAUAUAUAUAUAUAUAUAUAUAUAUAUAUAUAUAUAACAAUACAGUGCAGCCUGUUCACCGAUGCGUCGAUCAAGUAUUUAUUUUUCCGCAGAAUUUAUAGGAUUUUUUUUUUAGGUUUUGUUUGUCUUUACGGUUGUGACACAAAUUAACUUUUUCGGGUUUCUUGUAACAGUUCAUUUUGAAUAAAGGCCAUUGAAAGUG